UGAAACUGAGCGGCAUGCUGUCCUCCACAGAUUACCGUAAAUCACGGGUUAGACGCGCACCGUGUGCGUUUUUUAAGUGGUUGUUGCGGGAUCGCGGUUCUUUACGACAGUAAACCUGUACUUUAGCACCUCAGCGAGUAUGAACCUGUUAGCUAGGUUAGCUUCUGCUAUUGUCUGUGAAUCUAUAACCACGCCUGGUAAACAGCGAGCGACUGGUCGGGUAGGGUUAUAAACAGCUGAAGCAGACAGGGAGCUCCUCGCUAACAGAUGAACCCGACAGCUCCUCUUCAGCAGAGGGGUUAAAUAUCCUGCAGUUAAAUCCGCGCCGUGUCCCGACCUCUGUCCACACGGCACCAUAUCCUUUAACAGGUCUGGAGAUAUGGUGUCACUGCUGCUGAUCUCACUCCCUCUGCUCCCUGUGGUCUUCGUGGCUACCACACUUUGCCACUCACGACUGCUGGCUAUUUGUCAUCGUGUGUGCACAAGGUUGCAGAAGCUCUUUCAUGGGAAGGUGUGUGUGAAGAACACACAUGCAUAUGUCUUUUCUAAUUGCACCCACGGUCAGGCUGCCAGUGUGCUGGAGACAUUCAACCUGUACGCAAGAACUCAUGCAUCAGUCAGCAUCGGACCUGAAAAAGGCGAGUUUUUGGAUGAGAUAGUGAGGCGUGAGGCUCCUCUAAGGGUUCUGGAGUUGGGAAUGCACUGCGGCUACACCUCAGUCAGGAUCUUGCGUCUACUACCCCCCUCUGGUAAACUGCUGACUGUGGAACUGGACCCCAUCACUGCUGAGAAAGGAGAGGAGAUCAUCCUGGUUUCAGGGUUCAAAACUCCACAGUUCCAGGUCCAGACCUGCUCUUCAGCUGAAGCCAUCGCCAGCUUACCGUCUCAACUAGGUGAGAGCUGCUUAGACCUGGUUAUGAUGGACCAUGACCCUGAGCAGUAUCUGCCAGACCUGCUGGCCCUGCAGAGAGGGAAGCUCCUGUCUGCUCGCUGCGUUCUCCUGCUCAACAGGACUCAGGAACCUGGAGCUCAGGCCUUACUGAAGUAUGUCAGUGCUAGGCCUCAGCAGUACAACAUAGAGCAGCAGUUUCUAGACAUGGUAGAGAUCCACUGCUGUGUGACCAUACAUCCCCAGGGGGAAAAGAGCUAAUGCUACAGGGAGUAAAGGUAAUUAUUUAUGUAGGGCUGUUUUUUUUAUUGUUUUUAGUAUUUUUUAUAAUACUUAUUUAUCAUUUGUUUAUACUGUAUAGUUUGCUUUUUAAACUGGCAUGACAAAUUUUAUGGGAUAGCAGUGUGUAAAUUAAUCAUGAAGAGUUACAACAGGGGAUGUCUUGGUAAUGCACAUGCCUUGAGUUUGAGUUGUGAGCAAGUGUUAAACACUGGCCAGCAAGCUCAUGAGCGUGAGCAAGGCGACGUGAAUUAUUGGAACAAGGCCUGAAAGUGAGUGCCAGAUGGAUAGAACAUUUAAUUUCCAAAGUGGUGUCAGCAUUCAACAUUCCUUGAUCUACAGUGUCCUGUGUGCACUGGAAAAAACAUCAUAGACUGUAUCAUAGCCCACAGUGGACAGAUUUAGCGGGCAGUAAUGAUUGUGACUGGUGCUGUCUGACUAGAGCUGUCAGUGUGAACAGACAAGCGUUUGCAUCAGAAAUCACAUCCGCAUUCACUGCAGGAGACUCCACGUGCAUAUUCAACGGGUCACUGCAGCAUUCUAUAGCUUUCCUCGUACAUGGGAAAAGUCAUGGAACACAAAUGUUGCGUGUCAGUGUAUGUGGGAGUAUUAAAAAUGAAUGGGCCAUCGUAAACGGCUUAGAAUAAUUUUUUUUUGUUCAAA